GCAGGAAUCCCGUUCUGCUUCCAGAAGCGGAAGUGCUCAUGGGUCUGGCAAGUCGGGGAGGCACACCCCUGCAAGAUCUCGAUCUAAGGAGGAUUCCAGGCGUUCCAGGUCAAAAUCUAGAUCCAGGUCUGAAUCCAGAUCUAGAUCAAGGAGGAGUUCCCGUAGACACUACACAAGAUCACGCUCUCGUUCCCGCUCUCAUAGGAGAUCCAGAAGUAGGUCUUACAGUCGGGAUUAUCGGCGACGACACAGUCACAGCCAUUCACCCAUGUCUACUCGCAGACGUCAUAUUGGAAACAGGGCAAAUCCAGACCCCAAUUGUUGUCUUGGCGUGUUUGGAUUGAGUCUGUACACCACAGAAAGAGAUCUGAGAGAAGUUUUCUCCAAGUAUGGUCCAAUUGCUGAUGUUUCCAUUGUGUAUGAUCAGCAGUCUCGACGUUCAAGAGGAUUUGCCUUUGUGUACUUCGAAAACGUUGAGGAUGCUAAGGAGGCAAAGGAACGUGCCAAUGGAAUGGAGCUGGAUGGAAGAAGGAUCCGGGUAGACUUCUCCAUAACAAAAAGACCUCACACACCUACCCCUGGAAUCUAUAUGGGAAGACCGACUUAUGGCAGCUCACGACGACGAGAUUACUACGACAGAGGGUAUGAUAGAGGCUAUGACGAUCGUGAUUAUUACAGCAGAUCAUACAGAGGAGGCGGCGGCGGCGGAGGAGGAUGGAGAGCUGUUCAAGACAGGGAUCAGUUUUACAGGAGGAGAUCACCAUCCCCAUAUUACAGCCGAGGGGGCUACAGAUCGCGAUCCAGAUCUCGAUCCUAUUCACCUCGUCGCUAUUAAAGCAUGACACGUAGAAGAAUUUCUAGCUACAGCCUUUGAGUUGAAAUUGCAAGUUUGUGGACAAUAUUUUUAUUGUCUCUUCUGUUUAAACAAGUGAACAGUGCCUAGUGAAUAGGUGACUUUUACACCUUUUAUGAAGACUACUUCUGUGAUGUUAAAUGCUGUUUCGUUCUGCAUAUUUGUGUAGUUUGGUGCUUUGUUUCAAGUUGUGUUUUGAAAGGAGUAUGUUUUGCAUGUAUUUUUUUAGUCUCAAUUUUGACUCCUGAAAGGUUUCUAUUGUAAAGACAAACUGUUCAGUUAGUUUUUUCUACUGAUUCCAAGGUAUUCUGAAGAUCAAAACCUGUGUAAAAAUGCUUUCAAAAAGUGAAAAAUAAAAUAAAAAGAAGUUUG